AUGACUCAGCUGACGCAGAUGCAGUCACGCCAGUCGAUAACGGACAAGUCGUCCGCAGGUGUUGAGGCCAGUGAUCCCGAGACGGGUCAGCUACGGCGUAAGUCUGUGGCCUUCAGUGACAGCCACAACAUUGACGAAGAUUCCAAUGAUGAGGGUUCACUGGAAGGAGGCCUGCCAAGUGGAAGUUGGGCACCAACCAAUGGGCAACGCUCAAGCCCGUCCCCGGCCUUCCAAGAGCAGGGCUUACACAAAGGCCUACACAGCAACGGUUCCGCUUCCUCACCGCAAUAUACAUUGGGGCGGUCAAUCAGAGAUGAGAUUUUUUACCCUACGGACAAAAGUCUUCAGUCAUUCCCAUUUCUUCCCAGAGACAAGCUAGAGGGGAUUCUCACAAAACAGCGAAUCAUAGAAGCUCUCAGAACCGAAGGAGGUUUUCCUCCCGAGCGCCAAGUACCAAUAGCGCAAGAUAUCAUUAGUCCUCAGAUUGUUCAUCCCGAGACUCAGCCGCACUUUCAAUCUCGCAAGGAGAUCCUGGCGAUUCUUUGCUUGAUAGACAAGGUCCCAACUAUCGAAAGCUUUAUCAAAGACAGUCUUUUUGAUUAUGACCUUCCUUUUCGAUAUCUUAAAGAACGCGAUUCUCCCAAUGGUUACGUGGUGAAAACGUGUGAUCUUUCGAGAGAAGCAAGAGACAUCCCACUAUUUUAUCAGUGGUCAGCUACCGAGAUCGAGUCUUUUGAGGGACGACAGUGGAUAAUACAUGUUCCACUUUUCACUGGUAUCCCGGAGCAGACUGACAAGCCAACACACUACACCCUCGCCCAGAAAGCAAUUGCUCCAUAUGUCUCUAGAGUGGAAGUGGGAGAAGGCGGUUUUAGUGCUGUCGACAAGGUGGAAAUUCACGCCGCACACGUUGCCCGCUCAGAUAAUCCGCGCAGCAGCAGUCAUGAUCCUCUUGAACCCCAAAAGCACGGUACACAUGGAGACUUGAAACCUGAGAAUAUCCUAUGGUUCCGCGACGCUAGAGGUUCAGAGCCAGGCUAUAGCCUUGGUACACUGAAGAUAUCUGAUUUCGGCCUGACGAGAUUUAACAGAACAGAAAGCAAGUCCCACGUUAACACCGAUGGGAUUGGGUCGUCACCCACCUACAGAGCGCCUGAGUAUGAUAUCCUCCAUGAGGUCGCCCAAAGCUACGAUAUCUGGUGCCUAGCAUGUGUUCUUCUGGAGUUCACGACAUGGUACAUCCAGGGUUGGCCCGCAGUGGAUAAGUUUUCUCAGCGUCGGAAGGAGGAACACUGGGGUCAAAAAGUAUUGAAAGGCUGGAAUCAUGAGUUCAAGCAAGAUACCUUUUUCAAUCAUCUUCACAAACCAGACGCAAUCAGUGCUGUGGCCAAGAGAGCAGUUUUCGAUGAGGUUCAAACUCUGUAUAAACAUAAGAAUACAUCGGACUUCAUAAUCGAAUUCGUCGAGUUUAUCGAAACUAGUCUUCUCCGAAUGCAUCCCGAACGCCGAAAGCCAUGCUCUGAAGUUCUUGAAAAGCUUCAAGAGUUUUUCGACAUGUCUUGUAAAGACCGAGAUUACUGUUUGGAGCCAAAGAAAGCACCGCCGAAGAGGAAAGACACGGACCACUCGGAUCUCACAGGUCCAGAGCCACAGCUUGUGGAUCUGCAAAUGCCUCUCCACAGUAGCACUGUAUCUCUGCGGCGGACAUCGCUUGCAUCGAGUAUCAGAUCAACACCAUACAGAAAUUCAAACCCUGUAGUAUUUGAGGAAGCAGUCACUACUGAUCUUGAUACCCGAGUCUUACCACCCGGGGCGGAAUCUCAGCCACAGCAGCCUCGCAGAUCCAUGACGGACCCAGACAGCAACGCUCAUAGUGAAAGCCCUCCUAGCAUCCCUACUCCAAUCGAGGAUCCCGAAACUCCUGAAACUCCGGAAGCUCCAGUUGAGCCUGCCAUUCCCGUUACUUUCGCUCCUGAAGGCGAUAGUCAAGGGCCCGAACAACCGGUUGAUCUACACGACGAUAAGAGAGACGAAGCAGAUCCCGUCGCUCUACUCGAAGCUCCAUCGAACGUGGACAGGGACUCAAGUCGAGCUGGAGCAGAACAUCCGCCGGGGCGAUACAAUAGACUGAAGAAAGCUUUGCGUACCUUUAUUUUAUGUGGAGGAUAG